AUGAAUGCAACAAACCCUAGUGGCUCCGGGGGAGGCGGUGGUGGCGUCGGCGGAGGAAGUAGUAGCAGCGGCGGAGGAGGAGGAGGAGGGGGCCCAUGUGGCGCGUGCAAGUUUUUGAGGAGGAAGUGCGUGCUGGGUUGCAUAUUUGCACCCUACUUCGACUCGGAGCAAGGCGCUGCUCAUUUUGCGGCGGUGCACAAGGUGUUCGGAGCCAGCAAUGUCUCCAAGCUUCUUCUUCACAUCCCGGUCCACAAGCGGCUCGACGCUGUCGUCACCAUAUGCUACGAGGCUCAAGCCCGGCUUAGAGAUCCGGUCUACGGCUGCGUUGCUCACAUAUUUGCUCUUCAACAACAGGUGGUGAGUCUACAAGCCGAGCUCUCAUACUUACAAGCCCACUUAGCAACAUUGGAGCUUCCAUCGCCACCUCCACCCCCUCCUCCGCCAUCAAUCAUAACUCCACCUCCACUCUCCAUCUCAGACCUUCCAUUAGCAGCCUCCUCCAUGCCUGCCACAUACGACUUGUCCUCACUUUUUGAACCCAUGGUCAUCCAACAACCUUGGGUCGUGCAACACCGGGCGCUGCAUGAUCCACGCCACCAUCAGUUCGGAGGAGGCAGUAGCGGUUCGGGUUCAUCAACUGGUGGCGGUGGCGGUGGCGGCGGUGAUCUUCAAUCUUUGGCUCGGGAACUCCUUCACAGGCAUGGCCAAUCUCUAUCACCUGGGUCUUUGCCGUGCUCUGAGGCCUCACCAUCUCAAUCUCCCUCCAAAUGA